CCUGGGCCCCAUCGGAUCUUCCGCCGUGGGUCGCCCUGCCACUGGGUGGUGCUGCCCCGUCAGUCCCCACUAUCUCGAUCAAAUCAUGAAUAAUAAUUAUCAUAUGCCUCUCUCUCUUCUUCUAUGUACACAGUUACAACAAUGCGUCUGACGGGCAAUCAGUAUCUGCAUCGGCGUCCUCAGUAUGUGUGGUUACCUUAGGUUAGUGAUUUCAGUCCAGCCAGUGCGUCAAUCCACCAGAAACUCCCGCGCAAUCGCACAAUCCACAAUCAUCCCAGGGCUUCGUCUGAUCAUCGUCAAGUUCGUCCGUAUCCAAGUUCGGUGGCAAUCUGGGGCCCGUGUCUUAAAACGCCAAUCAAAAAGCACAACGCCUCCCCUCCCUCCCAAAAAGAAAAGAAAAACACGAAAAAAAAGUUGGAGAAGAAAAAGAAAGAGAGAGAAAAAAAGAAAAAAGAAGCUCCGUAUAAAUACCGAAUGACUCGCGCAUCAAUGCGUAUAUCGAAGUCCAGAAACUGCAGCACACUAGGAAAAAAUAAA